UACUGCUACUGAUGGCCAACCAGGUACUACCUAAACUUUUUCCCAUAUCUUGUCAAGAAGCCACCACGACAGAUGGAGGAUACGCUACAACUACCACUGAUGAAUACAACCCCACUACAACUGCAGAGGUCUAUCCCACGACAACCGAGGAGACUGCUCCUACAGCAACCGAAGUGAUGGAACCCACGACAACCGAAGAAGUCCCUGCAGCAACCGACGUUUUUACCUCGAGCAGUGCUAUCUUUUCCUCUAGUAGCGCUAUUUCCUCGCCUACGAUUGAACCCACAACAAGUGGCAGUAAAUCCAACACAGGAGCUAUUGCUGGUGGUGUUGUUGGUGGCGUUGCGGGAGUCGCAUUAAUUGCAGCAGGUAUUUUCUUUUUCCUUCGCAAGAGAAGAGCUAGUUCCAACGAUCGAGAAGUAUUUCAACCUGAAGAUGACGAUGACGAAUAUAACAGACCUAUUCAACAAAACAGUACAUGGAAUAGUUCAACAGCAGGCAGUUAUCCUGAUAUGUCGAAUGUAAACGCCCCUCCUCCACCCAGACACUCCUAUGUUGGUACCUAUCAGCCAGGCCCAUAAAAGAAAUUACCAUUUAUCUGUACAACACCUUUAACGGGGGAUUUGCACUUUUUUUUUUUCAUUUACUUGCUCUCCCCCCCCCCUUUUUUUUUCUUUGACCUCACUCCUUCUUUAAUUCAUCCUCUUGUUCCAUUAUUUAUAAUAUAUAAUUACUUGUCUACCUU